UUCUUGAUGCCGCUCGUUCUAAACACACAAAGAAUCGAAUUAUAAUGGUCGUAUUAGUCGGGUCUGUAGGUCUUUGAAACGAUGGGCGCGAAACAUUUUAUUAGGAUAGCCAUUCGAGUACGUUGGUUUAUUUUUCAGCAAAAGAAAUAUAAUUAAACUGGCAUUGUCGACAGCGCUUCGAGUUGUGCUAAGUUUUACUCGUGAUACUUCUCCUAAUAAUUUACAUACUGGGCGAACAUAAACGCUAAGCGUGAUACCUUCUGGUUGCUAGGUUUUCUCAAUAUUUUUUUUAAAAAAGAUGUAUUAAAAACAAGUUUCAUGUAAAUUUGCACUCACGCGAUGCUACUCAUGAUUAUGAUGUGUUCCCUUACAAAGAUACGAAACAGACCGAAAAGUUUGUGCAAAGUUGUUCUGUGUCUCACGACAGUUUCUUUGGCCUUGUUGUUCGUGAUCAGUGCGUUCCUCCGUACGCCCAUUGCCACUUUAAGUAUUUUUACGAGUAACGGGACCCAAACGAAUGGCAUGGCGUAUCACGUAAAGAAACAAGCCAACGCGACCGCGUGUUCAGAAGGCAUGUUUAUAUCGCCCAAUGGCUGCCUGCCCUGCCCCAACGGAACGUUCAGCUUUCCUGGUUGGACUGAAUGUAAGCCGUUCUUGAACUGCUCAGAAAUUGCCUCACAAGUUCAUAGUAGACGGCGGAUUCUAGGCGGGUUUACCAAACAAAUCUGGCUGGCGGACUGGAAAGACCAUGAAGUUGUGUACUUAAAGUGUCUACGGCCAGGGGUGACAAAGCGCUGUUUACGGGGAAUGACCAUCUUGGAAAAACUUCAAAGUCCCUUUGUAACUCGUCUCAUCGGAAAGUGUUAUGAAAACUUUGAGAUUGUAACUAUGUAUUACAAACACGGCUCGACAAAAACUGUUGGUCGGCUUCUUCAAAAGCCAGAGUUCUCUCACUUCAACAAUAUACAGACAAGGUUCCAGCUGCUAGUGGAUUAUGUCAAAAUCAUGAGCUACAUGCACAACAGCUCAAUUGGAGUUCGUGUGUUGUGCGAUUCUGCUACAAUAGGUAAGUUACUCUCGCAAUACUUGAUCACCGAUGACUUUCACCUGGUAGUGAACGACCUGGAUAACGCACCAGACGCCAGGCAGGUCGAAGGAAUAGUAUGCAACCACAAAUUCGCCAGGGAAUCAAAUUCAUGGUUUGCACCAGAGCAAAGGGGACUAUCUGAAUCAGACAGCGACGAAAAAGUUGAAAUCUGGAAGAUUCCUGUCAUAGCGCAAAGGCUUCUCGGCGACGUGGACGGCAGCAGUUUUGUGAAGAGCAAACUUGAGGGAGUAAUGACAAGAUGUCAAGCCAUGAACCCACAGCAGCGGCCGACAGCGAACGAAGUCGUUCAAGAGUUAUUGAGAGUUCAGGAAUUGACCAUAAUAUAAUUAAAUUAUUUCUUCAUCAUCACCACCAUUUUUAUUAUUAUUAUUAUUAAUUAUUAUUAAGUAGAUAAAAGGAGUAGCUCAUGCGUGAAAUAUUCCUCAUUAUGACGACUGGUUUGAAUUUCAGCAAGUACCCGCGUACAUAUAACGAUAUUUUCGUCAUGAAUUCUCAAGGUAAAGGUAAAAUCUGCAAACGAGCCAAGUCUUCCACCAGGCCGGAGCUUAUCCCGGUUGCUGUAUCAUGAAGCAACUAGGAGUAUUU